AUGAAUCCGUCAUUCGUACAGCUUCGUGAUAUUGGAACAACACAUGAGGGGCGUAAAUUACUCGGAGUUAAGAUUGGCUAUCCAGCAAACUCAACAAACAAGCGUGCAGUAUGGCUGGAUGGAGGAAAUCAUGCUAGGGAAUGGCCUGCGUUUCAUACGGCUCUUUAUAUCAUUGAUCAGUUAAUCACAAACUAUGGAAUUGAUGAUCAUAUAACGAACUACGUUAAUAAACUCAACAUUUACGUCUUUCCAAUACUUAAUCCUGAUGGUUUCGAGUUCUCUUUAACAUCCAAUGAAGCACUGAUUAGACACUGGAGAAAGAACAGAGCACCGAAAAAUUGUACGGGGCGAUUGGGUGAUCGUGGUGGUAUUUGCUGCAUGGGUGUUGAUUUGAACAGGAACUAUGAUUUUGCUUUUGUAAAUAAUGUUUUACCAUAUGACAAUCCAUGUUCUGAUGAAUUUCAAGGGCCGUUUCCAUUCAGUGAACCUGAAACACGAGGAGUUCGGAAUUUUAUACUUUCACCAGAAAUUUUUUAUAAACUUGAUGCACUGGUCAGUAUGCAUACGCACGGGCAAUUCUUCAUAUUACCAUACAACCAUAAACGUCAAACAUAUCCUCCUGAUAUUGAAGAUCUUAGAAAUCUUGCUGAAAAAGUCAUCAACGAAAUUCUUUCUGUCAAGGGCACUAAAUACAAACUCGGCACUGCAGCUGAUCUCAUUGGUCCAGCAACUGGUGGCGCGACCGAUUGGAUCAAAAAAUCGACACCAACGAAAUAUGUCUACGUUAUUGAAUUACCUCCACAACUUUCAUCUUGGUUUGCGUUCCAGUUAAAGCCACAUUGGUUGGUGCCAACAGCUGAGGAAACGUGGCAAGGAAUACGUGUCAUCAUUGAGCAGGUCAUUGCUGAAGCACAACACAAAGCCAAUUAA